GUUUGCAUCGCUCAGUCGCUAAAAAUCCCCCGUGAACCAAGACUGGGAGAAUUUGACAAGAUCAUCAAGCGCUUGUUGGAAACUCCUAAUGCUCGAGCAGUGAUCAUGUUUGCAAACGAGGAUGAUAUUAGGCGAAUAUUAGAAGCAGCCAAAAAAACUAAUCAAACUGGACAUUUUCUUUGGAUUGGCUCAGAUAGUUGGGGGUCAAAAAUUUCACCUGUUUACCAACAGGAAGAGAUUGCCGAAGGAGCAGUCACCAUUCUGCCCAAAAGAGCUUCCAUCGAUGGAUUCGAUAGAUAUUUUCGGAGCCGUACCCUUGCUAAUAAUCGAAGAAAUGUGUGGUUUGCAGAAUUUUGGGAGGAGAAUUUUGGAUGCAAGUUAGGAUCACAUGGAAAAAGAAACAGCAAUAUCAAGAAAUGCACAGGCUUAGAAAGAAUUGCAAGAGAUUCAGCCUAUGAGCAAGAAGGAAAGGUCCAGUUUGUAAUUGAUGCUGUAUAUUCCAUGGCCUAUGCACUACAUAGCAUGCAUAAAGAGCUCUGUCCUGGAUAUAUUGGUCUGUGUACAAGGAUGAGCACGAUUGAUGGUAAAGAGCUACUUAGUUAUAUCCGGGCUGUAAACUUUAACGGGAGUGCUGGAACGCCUGUUAUUUUCAAUGAAAAUGGAGAUGCGCCUGGGCGCUAUGAUAUAUUUCAGUAUCAAAUGACCAACAAAAGUGCAGAAUACAAAGUAAUUGGUCACUGGACAAAUCAACUUCAUCUAACUGUAGAAGACAUGCAGUGGGCUAGCAGAGAUCAUACUCAUCCAGCAUCUGUUUGCAGCCUGCCCUGUAAACCUGGGGAAAGAAAGAAAACAGUAAAGGGAGUGCCUUGCUGUUGGCACUGUGAACGCUGUGAAGGGUACCAUUACCAAGUGGAUGAGCUCACCUGUGAACUGUGCCCAUUUAAUAAGCGACCAAAUGCCAACCGCACAGAUUGCCAGCUUAUUCCAAUAAUCAAACUGGAAUGGCAUUCUCCCUGGGCCAUCGUGCCCGUGUUCAUAGCUAUUCUCGGAAUUAUUGCAACCACCUUUGUCAUCGUGACAUUUGUCCGCUACAAUGACACACCCAUCGUCAGGGCAUCUGGCCGCGAACUCAGCUACGUGCUAUUGACUGGGAUUUUUCUCUGUUACUCUAUCACUUUUUUAAUGAUCGCCGCUCCGGACACAGUGAUCUGCUCAUUUCGACGGCUCUUUUUAGGACUCGGCAUGUGCUUCAGUUACUCUGCCUUGCUCACAAAAACUAAUAGAAUCCACAGAAUAUUUGAGCAAGGUAAAAAAUCUGUCACAGCUCCAAAGUUUAUUAGCCCGGCUUCCCAGUUGGUGAUCACUUUCAGCCUCAUAUCCAUGCAGCUUCUUGGAGUCUUCAUCUGGUUUGCUGUUGAUCCACCACAUAUCGUAGUAGACUAUGGAGAGCAGAGGACACUUGAUCCAGAAAAUGCCAGGGGAGUUCUCAAAUGUGACAUUUCUGAUCUUUCUCUCAUUUGUUCCCUUGGAUACAGUAUUCUCUUGAUGGUCACAUGCACUGUGUAUGCUAUUAAAACAAGAGGGGUUCCAGAGACCUUCAAUGAAGCAAAACCCAUUGGAUUUACUAUGUACACCACCUGCAUAAUUUGGUUAGCUUUUAUUCCAAUCUUUUUUGGUACUGCGCAGUCCACAGAGAAGAUGUACAUCCAGACAACAACACUUACUGUCUCCAUGAGUUUAAGUGCUUCAGUAUCUCUGGGCAUGCUCUACAUGCCCAAGGUUUAUAUUAUCAUUUUUCAUCCAGAGCAGAAUGUUCAAAAACGGAAGAGGAGCUUCAAGGCUGUUGUGACAGCUGCCACAAUGCAAAGCAAACUGAUCCAAAAAGGAAACGACAGACCAAAUGGCGAGGUCAAAACUGAACUGUGUGAAAGUCUUGACACCAACAGUAAGUCAUCUGUAGACUUUCCCAUGGUCAAGAGUGGAAACACUUCCUAAUAGAUCUUCCUCUACCAAGACAACAUAUGUCAGCUACAGCAAUCAUGCAAACUGAGCAGGGAAAUGAAACACACCUGAAGUAUGUGAAAAUUAAAAAAAACAAACAAUGAAUUUACUACCACCAAAACCUCGGUCUUGGAAAGAGCUGUAGACUACAAUCAACUCAACAGUCAGUCUCUUAAUGGACAAAGAUUAACAACGAGCCAAAAGCAGGAGGGGUGGGGAAGGGAAAAGCUCAGUUUUAUACAAGUCAGACCGAAUGUCAAACUUCUAAACUGUUUACUCACAAAAGGAAGUAAAUCACAAAAGGAAAACAAAUGUUAGCUUGUGAAAAAAAAAUGCUGUUGAAAUAAACCAUGUCUGAUGUUAUACUUGUAAGUACUUUUUUGUGAUUGUGAGAAUUUCCAUUCCUGUCCCACAUUGUUCAACUUGUAUAAGAAGAUGAAUUUGUUUCUUGUGAUGACUGACUGAAUUGAAGCCCUGGGUUGUGCUAAAAUAAAUGCAAUGAUUGACGCAUGCAAAUUUUUAUACAAAAUAAUUUAUUUCUAAUAAUAAAGGAAUGUUUUGCAAAUGUUCAGACUUGUUUCGUUGAAGUUUUAAGGAAGAAAAAACAAAUAAUAUUUUAAGUCCUGACGAUAUUGUCUAUUGUUUGUUUAGAAUGUGCAGUAAAGGGGGGGAGGGAUAUAAUUAAAACAAUAAUAAUGGUGUCAGAGGAAUGCAGUGUAAAGUAUAAGCAUGUUGAUGGAGGUGUCUGUAUGUGCGUGCGUGUGUGUGUGCGCUCUCCGAGGUGGGUGAAUUUAUUUGUUUUUAAAAUUGUGACUAUUUUAAAAUUGCUGGUGGGAAUUUUUCCCAAAGUAAAUACAUUUUAUAAGAUUUUGUGAAAUGAAGGAUUCCUGAUGUUGUGCUCACCAUUUAUGAUUCAGCAACUGUUUUUUUUUCUUUUGAAAAAAUUAUCAGACAAUUAUAACAAAGAUGGUAAAACUAAAAACUCAGAUUUUUAUAGUAAUCAGAACCAACAAACUGAAAUAAAAGGUUAAUCUUAUUAUCCUGUACUAUGCUAUUAUGUUGCUGAUAUUCCCCCAUCAGCUAUGAUGGUUUGCCAUUGCUGGCAAUCACAUCUUAUUGAUGGAUGCCUUAGAAAUAACGUAGAAAGGAAUCAGGGGAAUAUUUGGAAAACAGUAAAGUGGAUAUAUGAACUAACUUAUCAAACCUUUCAAAAUCAAAGGAAAUGGCUAUUCAAGUACAAUUCUGUUGUCUUCUAAUUUUCAGAAUUAAAUUAUUCAGUAGUUAAUGGUGCCAUGCCAUUAGAAAUGGUUGUACCAAAGACAGAGAAAACACAAGAGAGAUUGGAACCAGUGUAGAGAUCUAUCAUGUUAAUAAGCCACUCUAGACAAGUUAAAAGCAGACUGCUAGAGGCUUUCAGCUCUGUCACCAAUGUCUAUGAUGUGCUUUGAGACUUUUUCUACUCUAUACAAUAUCUACCAUUCGUCAAGUCAAUGGGUCUUCGCAAUCAGUUUGUUAUUAAAUGUUCUUUCUGCU